AUGUCUGGCGAAUCCGAAGUACACGACAGCGCCAUCUCUUCCGCUGUCCCUGCCAUUGUGACAUUCAAUCCUGCUGCUCAACUUCCAUUGAAGCUGACUCCGUCUAAUUUCGCCUCUUGGCGCUCACAGCUUGAAACGCUGCUCCUCGGUCUGGAUCUCUUCAGCUACAUUGACGGCACCACCAUCGCACCUGAUCGCACCAUAACAGAGAAUGGCGUGGCCAAACCCAAUCCAGCCUUUCAGCUUUGGUUCCGCCAAGACAAGUUAAUACUUCAUGCUCUGCGAUGCUCGAUCUCGGAAGGGAUCUAUUCUUUUGUUUCAGGCGCUUCUACAUCACCCGCUGCCUGGCUGAUUCUGGAGAAGCUUUACGCCAGCAGUGCUCAGUCCCGAAUUAUUCAUCUAAAGGGGAAACUGGCCAAAACCUCCAAGGGUAAUCGGGAUAUCUUGGCGUUCGUGAAUGAUUUGAAAAGCACGGCGGCAGAGCUUGCUCUCAUUGGAGCUCCUGUCUCCGAUCUUGAUUUGAUCGUCUACUGCCUUCGUGGUCUGGGAGAAGAAUAUGGGGCCUUUGCUGCUGCGAUUCGCGCUAGGGGACCGGGUCUCGUUCUGGAAGAUUUGAUUGACUCUCUAGUCGAGUAUGAGUCUGAUCUUAAGGAACAAAUCAAACCCCCUGUUCCUACUGCUUUCUUUUCCCAGGGGCAGAGAUAUUCAAGCGGCAGCGGUGGCAACCCUUCUUUCGGCCGCCAGCAGCGAGGCUCUCCUCGCGGGCCUUCCUCUUCGUGGGCCUAUUCCCCUCAAGCCCAAGUCGAUUCUCCACGGGCCUCCAGCCCGCAGGCCCAUCUUUUUUUCCCUCCUGGGCAGGCCUCGCCCACCAGUCACAAUCAGCGCCGGCCCACUGUCAUAUGUCAAUUUUGCGAACGCCCCGGUCAUUCCGUACGUCAGUGUUUCAAGUUAUUUCCAGAGGAACGCCAAGCCUAUCAAGCUAGACAAACUCAGGCACAUCAUACCACCACUAGUGCCCCGCCAUCUGCACCGUGGUUGCUCGAUUCUGCGGCUUCCCAUCAUGUUACCCCAGAUCUCGGAAAUUUAUCUCUUUAUUCGGACUACAAUGGUCCUGAUGAGAUUCUCGUCGGCGAUGGCACAGGUUUGAAAAUCACACAUAUUGGGUCAUCCAUGCUCCAGAAUUCUGCUUUACAAUUAAAUGAUGUGCUUUGUGCCCCUGCGAUAAAGCGUAAACUUAUCUCUGUAGCAAAACUUUGUCGUACUAAUCCCAUUUUGGUGGAAUUUUUUGCUGAUUGUUUUGUUGUGAAGGAUCUUCGCACGGGGGCGCCUCUGCUGAAAGGAGAAAAUAAUGGGGAUGUCUAUGAGCUGCCACAUGAAAUGGAUACUGUCCACCUUGCUCUUGUCACCACCCGCACCUCCUCUACCUCAUGGCAUGCUCGUUUCGGUCACCCUUCCUCCCAUUCUCUAUCCAGUCUUCUUCGCACACAUUCCUUGCCAGUAGCUUCCUCUUCUGUCAGUAGUCAUUGCGAUUCAUGUAUUUCAAAUAAGUCACAAACUCCCUUUUGGUGUCUCCUCUUUAUCAAGCACUAG